GCUGCCGGUGGGAAGGCGGAGGAAUGCAUCUCCUCCGGCGGGACGGAUCCGUGCUGCAAUGAGAGCUGAGUGAGACUUGAAGAUAUUGGUACCAGGAUCUUCAGGAAUUGUGCGCUUCAGCUGAAACACCAACAGUAAAUUGCUACAGUUUGGCUAUAGAUCUAGCGAGAGAAGAUGGCCAUCCACUGGAAGACCUGCUUCUUUGUCCUUACACUGCUUCCUCUGGUCGUGGCAAUGCACUCAGACUGCGUCUUCAGAAAAGAGCAGGAGGCAUGUCUGGAGAAAAUCAGAAGAGCGACUGUGCUGAAUCCCAUGAAUGAUUCCUCCCCAGGAUGCCCAGGGAUGUGGGAUAAUAUUACAUGCUGGAAGCCUGCGAGCGUGGGUGAAAUCGUCUUUGUCAAAUGUCCUGCAUUCUUCAGAAUGAUUAACUCUGAAGAUGGUUGGGAAGUCGAUAACAUGGGGCAAACACACACAGGGGACAUCAGCAGAAAUUGCACAGAAGAUGGUUGGUCUGAACCCUUCCCUCAUUACUACGAUGCCUGCUUUGAUGAGAAUUUCACCGACCCUAUAAACCAGGACUACUACUACCUGUCUGUGAAGGCCCUGUACACAGUUGGAUAUAGCACUUCCCUUGUUUCCCUCACCAUGGCGAUGGUUGUCCUAUGUCGUUUCAGGAAGCUUCACUGUACCCGCAACUUUAUCCACAUGAAUCUCUUUGUCUCAUUUAUUCUGCGAGCAAUAUCAGUCUUCAUUAAAGAUGGGGUUCUGUAUGCUGAACAAGAUAACAGCCACUGUUUUAUCUCUACUGUGGAGUGCAAGGCGGUGAUGGUCUUUUUCCACUAUUGUGUCAUGUCUAAUUAUUUCUGGCUGUUCAUCGAGGGACUGUAUCUUUUCACCUUGCUGGUGGAGACUUUUUUCCCAGAAAGGAGAUAUUUCUACUGGUACACCAUCAUUGGCUGGGGCACGCCUACAAUUUGUGUCACUGUCUGGGCUGUGCUGCGCCUUCAUUUUGACGACAACGGCUGCUGGGACAUGAAUGAUAACACAGCCUUGUGGUGGGUCAUCAAGGGUCCUGUGGUCGGAUCAAUAAUGAUAAACUUUGUUCUCUUCAUUGGCAUAAUUGUUAUACUCGUGCAGAAACUCCAGUCGCCUGAUAUUGGGGGCAAUGAAUCCAGCAUUUACUUCAGCUGCGUUCAGAAAUGCUACUGUAAGCCUAAGAGGGCUAACCAGCACUCUUGCAAGAUGUCAGAACUAUCCACCAUUACCCUGAGGCUGGCUCGCUCCACACUGCUGCUGAUCCCCUUGUUUGGAAUUCACUACACUGUGUUCGCCUUUUCUCCUGAAAAUGUCAGCAAGCGGGAGAGACUUGUGUUUGAACUGGGGCUGGGAUCUUUCCAGGGCUUUGUUGUUGCUGUUCUCUAUUGUUUCCUGAACGGGGAGUUUCUCCCUAAAGGUGCAAUCAGAAAUAAAGAGGAAAUGGAGGAGCUGGAAAGUCAACCGGUAUUUUGCUGUGGAUUUCAAACAUCGCCAUCCCUCUCUGGCGAGCAGCGGAGUGAACGGGGGGACGCAACUCUCCAUUCUGAGCAAGAGCAGCUCUCAGAUUCGGAUGUCCAGCAUAAAUGCAGAGAAUCUAGCGACCUGAGUAACUAAAACACAAGCCGACAGUCCAACCAAAAAACCCGCCCCUUUAAAAAGAAAAGAAAAAAAAAUCAUAGUUUUGGUGGUGUGGAUUUUCUUUUCGUUGUUUUUUUACAUUGUUCAAAAGCAUGAAAUAAAAUGCCCCUGACAUUUUGCAGAGGAGAGGGGGGGGAACAAAAAAAAAACAAAAAAACCAUGAUAUUUUUUUAAUGAUCACUGUAAAUACAUGACUGAGUCCCAUCGUUCUUGAUGACAACGCUAGGCCAUGCCCACCCAUCUCUCCAUGCUCCUGAGCACCUGCACAUAAUCCAUAGUCGGCCAAAGUGUAACAAGUGAUUGCUGUGCUGCCCUUCUGGUUUAAAUCUGUGACUGGACGUUGUCAUGGUUAUCCUGCUUGGUUUCAUUCUGUUCUUUUUCCAAUCAAGUGCAUCUUACCCACACCUCAUCCCCAUCUUUUGAUGUGCAAGACAUUUUCAGCGCGCCUUCUUUGAGUCUUAAGCUAGAGUUAUAAAGUGUGGGCUGGUGUUGCCGGCAAGUUCAGGAAAGACCCUGGAAAUGGAUUUCCUGGCUAGGUUUGGUCAGAAGCAGCCAGUGGAUUUGAUCGUCUGCUGGGGUUAAGCGAGACGACGUAGCGGUCACCAUUCGAGAGAGAGGGAAAUUCCAGACAGCAAAGGCGAGAGUGAGAUCCUCCGGUGCAACUACAUGAAACAUAGCUGCUGACAUUCAGCAGAGGGGACUUCAGGUCACAGAGAUGGGGGUCUGUUCUUUUUUCCCCCUCUUCCACCGAAUGUUUUAGGGAAUGUGUAUGUUCUAGGCAAACUGUGAAUUUUCUAAAAGGGCCGUACUUUUGAGAUAUAUCUAUAUUUUUGGAGUGGAUUGUUUGGAUCUUUGGAUAAUGUGAAAAGAAAAAAAAAACAAAAGAUUUUAUUUCUCACGGUAAAGGGCAAAGGUCACUUCCAGUAUGUGCACCUCCUCUAGAUACCCCAGGAACCCCUGCAUCCACGUCCAUCCCGUGGCACUGCUUUUGAUAGUGGCGUGACACAUAAAGUGUGUUGCUGCUGUGACAGAGCUGCUGGAGCCAGUGUUGGGACUCAAAUUUGCCAGCACAAGAGGCCCCAUGGAGGUCUGGCAUGGUGAGUUUUGGAACGUAAAUGUCAUCAAUGUUGGUUGAACUCUUAGGCUGAACAAUGGGAUGCUCCUAAAAGGAACGGUAGACUUCAGGUGAUUGUUCAUACAUGACAGUUUCUUCUGUCAGUGGAUACUAUUUUUUUGUUUGUUUGACAAUAGAUGUCAUCAACGCCUUUGCUUAAAAAGAAAAAGUUCUCUCCAACUUUGCCUUGUAGUUAGAGCCAAGACUGGUAUCUAUCUACUUCAGUCCAAUGUCAAUGAUGUCAAUUCUCAAAGAACCUUUAUGCAGUGCAUAAAGACUUUAAAGACUUUUACUUUUCCUCUUACUUCAUUAUGGAUUUAUGAACUGAUAAAAACUAUAUAUAAAAACAAUAUAUAUAUACAUAUAUAUGUAUGUGUGCGUGUAUGUGAGUAUUAAAACGCAAAUAUGACAUUUUAAAUAUGACGGUGUGAGCUCAAGCUAACAACAACCAGGCAAGUCAAAAUUAAGGCCAGUCCUCCUUUCUUCAUGAAAAUAUUUGUGCAAAAGAAAGUUAUGCACACAAAUGUCAGAGUCAGCUAAAAUUUUAGCUUUCCUGGGUUUUUUUGUUAGCUUAGGUUAAAACUUUUAACGUCGUUUUAAGUCUAGAUUUUUUUUUAUUAAUAGUUUCCUUGUUUUUAAAAGGAAAACACAUCAUGUGAACUGAUGAGAGAAGUUUUAAUAAUGACACAUAACAAUCAUAUUGUGCUUUUGGGGGCAUAGCCUGCUCUCAGUUACAGUGGUGAGCACCUGCAGUGAUAUCAGUUGUAUUAGGGCACCCAUACCAAAAUCCAUUGGGUAAACAGGAGUUCACAGUAAGUGAAUAGCUGAAGGAUCAUCCCUUAUAAGACAUUAUCACCUCUGUAAGGGUUGAAAUCACCCUUCUACAGAGAACCAGCAAAGGGUCUAUUUUCCACUUAAGCUGAUUUUGAGGUCGUAAGUUGGUCUUGCACAAUUCAUAAAUCUAUUGGCAGCCCUCAGUAUUAAGCUGACCCUUCCUGAGAGAAGAAUUUGGCCUUCUCUGUUGCAGGCACUGUGCAAAAAUGACACAAGUAUUUUUACCUGAUAGAUUGGAAUUUCCUCUCUCAUUAGAUGCCACAACUGGCUAUUUUAGUGAGUUUCCCAAUAACUCACAUACUCAUUACAGGAGAGGGGCACUGAAGAUGGGAAGGUUAAAUUCAGAUCUCUUGGGUAAAUGCAUACUUAUAAUUUUUUUUUUUAAAGAAAAUGAUCUAAUAUUAAAGGAAGAGAUGAGAUUUAGUUUUGUAUUUUCUGUAAUAUGGGCUUUCACAAGGUUAAUACUGACCAUAGUGUAUGUGUCUGAUUUAAGAAAUACAUGGAUGAUGAAAAAAGGCAUUUUUUGCAUGAAUGACCACUGGCCUGUUUGCAAUUCUCGAUUGGUUACAAAUUUCAGAAACAACCGUUUAACCAUUGCCUCUGGGUGGAAAACGUUUUGUGCCACGUUUCAGUCCAGAGCAAAAAUUCUCUUCUUGGCCAUCCUAAAAUCCUCUUCAAUUUGAGUUGGUGGGUCUCAGUCCAGUGCCGUGUGGACAAGUGUCCAUAUCACAGAAUCCCCCCUCUACAGUGGCACAUAUGGGAAGCCAGAUCCUCAGCUGAUGUCAAUUGGGCAUAACAUCGCCAGUGUCCGUGAUACCAUGCCAAUUUAAACAGGGGAGGAUCUGGCUUUAUUGCUUUUUUAUUUUAUUUUAUUUUAUUUUAUUUUAUUUUAUUUUUUGUUGGCAGUCUCACCAAGAGAAGCCAAAUGAGACUGAACUCGCCUUGGGAUUCCUAGAGCCCAGGCUCAGGAGCAAGGCCAGUUGAUGGGACAUUGCAUUGGAAGCUUGUGCUGUUUCUGUAUAUGCUGUAUUUGUUCAGUGGCAGGAGAGAGGACUUUAGUCUUCAAGAUUGUCAAUACAAUACCUUUCACCAGCACUGAAUUUAUUAGAACAAAUUAUAGAGCUCUAUAUUUAAUAUGUAGUAUAUUCUAUAAACUACACCCAAACCCCUUCUCCUAGGGUUUUCUACUGGAAGUGCUGACACACUCAUAUAGUCUGGCAUUCACCUGGCCACUCUAACACUCAGUGUUACUUGAAAGAUCAUACUUCAAGUGUAUAUAGUUACUUAAACAAGGACUCUAAUGCCAUUGUGUAGAGUAUGCUCUUGGAUAUCUUUAUGUUGAAUGUACGCUGAAGAUGCUGGAUUUGUAUAGUCACCACUUCUAGUGGCCAUCGUUUCUAAAUGUCAGGAUGGAAGGAACCAAAAGACAGACAUGCUUCAAAGUGUGUGUAAAUAUCUAUUUGAGCGUAACAGUGCUUGGGGGGAGGAGGGGGGUUGUAUUUUUUUUUCUCACUGUGAAGUAUAUUUUGGCAUUAGAAAGUAUAUGUUAUUAAAAGGUAAUUAAAAAAAAAGUGUGUGCUGCUCCCUGAGCCAUUUUUACACCGUACCUAUCAAAUGUUUCCCAUCCAGUU